AUCAGACAGAAAUUCCCCAAAUAACCAAAACUGCCAUUAACGAAAUGGCUGCUGUGUCCGAUUGUUUUUCUUUAGGAAGUACUGUCUGGUGUCGAACAUGUUACAAUCAAGAAGUUGAGGGAGACGUCCUCGCGUUCGAUCCACAAACAAAAAUUCUAAUACUAAAAUGUCCACCUUCAAGCGGUUCAAAUCUUUUACACGACGUACAUUUUAUAAAUCUAUCACUAGUAAGCGAGUUACAAGUAAAAAAAGAAGUUUCCGCCAUUCCAGAAGUACCACAGUCGCUAAACCUGCAAAGGCUAAACACACGUAUAAGGAACCAAGUUGACGAAAAACGGCGUCUAUUAACGGCAAUGGCGGCGAACGUUUCGCCCGAAGGACAGCGUCUCUUCAUAGCAAUCGCUAAAAUAUUCAAAGAGGUACGAUGGCGAAAUUCGGAUAUCGUCGUCUGGGAUCAUCAGGUUAUUAUUAGUCCACCUUAUCAAUUGGAUGAUAUCAAAGGCAACGCGAAUAGCAAAGAAUUUGGAUAUAUUAAGAAAGUGGUAGAGAAACACAUGAAGGAUACUGCCUUAAACAAUUCGACGGUCAAUCAGGUUGUCCAACACAACUCGAGUGCGCAAUAAAAAU